GCAACACCGAAAGACUGCUGGUAGCGAACAGUGUGUCAGUGGUAGUCGGCCUGAGAGGUCGUCUCUUCAGUGUCUUGAACAGAACGCACGCACCCGUCCUCACGCACGCACAUUCGCGUCCUCAAACACACGCACACUGACGUCCUCCAUCCCAACACUCACACCUGGCCUGACCAGGUAAGCAAGCACUUGUGGGAACCACCAGCUGGGAAUGUAAACAAAUCCACCACGUGCUCACGAGGACUCUCCACGUGGUGUUCGCGAAGCCAGAGCACCGUUCACCGUGGAUCGUGCAUGUGGCCACUGUAUUAAACCAAAUCAAGAAGUGAAACAACCAGCUCCUGGGAAAACAUCUCAUCCUUGAACUUGUUCUAAACACUAUUAACUGAAGGAAAUAUGGCGCCAACGACUUCGCAAAGUGAAAAGAUACCAGUAAUAGACCUGGGAAACUUGGAUCUGGGACGGGAGACGGAGACCAGCCAGGAGGAGUGGCAGAGGGUGGCGAAGCAGCUGCAUCAAGCCUUCACCGAUAUCGGCUGCGCUUAUCUCACCAACCACGGUGUUCCCGACGACAAGCUGAGUCUGCUGUAUGAAGCAGCUUCUACCUUCUUCAACCUGCCUCAAGAAAAGAAGAACCUCUUUAAAUUUGACCCAGAAUCCGUGAAUGGCUACGUACCCAUAGACGUCGAGAAGUAUAGCAGCAGUGACCACGAGCUACACGAAGGUAUCUUGGCGAAGAACACCGAUCGUAUCCCCUGUUUCCAAGAGAUUCCUUCAUUCAAGACGGCCAUCGAAUCCUUCCUCUUCUCCUGCAGAACCCUCUCCAAAAAGAUCAUGGCCGCUAUCUCCAUAAGUCUCGGCAAAGACAAGGAUUACUUGCUGUCAAUGCACCAGAAGGCCGGGACUGCCGACAGCCUCACAACGAUGCGCAUGAACUUCUACCCGCCAGUUCCCCCAACCACCCUGGGGAACACCACCCGCUUCGGCGCCCACAAGGACUACAGCACCUUCUCUCUAAUCUUCCAGGAUGACAAUGGAGGUCUGCAGGUGCUUGACCGUGAGGGUUCGUGGCUGGACGUACCCAACUCGCCUGGCGCCGUUGUCAUCCUAGCCGGGGACUUCAUAAAGUAUUACUCCAACGACAAGUUCAAGGCCGUGAUGCAUCAGGUUAUCAUUCCUGCAGAAGAGGUUCAACGGAGGGCUACCAGGCUCUCUCUCAUGUACUUCGUCCACGCUGACAACGACAUCUUAAUGAUGCCUUCCUCCUCCUGUGAGAAGUCUCCCACCGUCAAGGAGUAUAUCAUCUCCAGGGCAAAGAAGGCCAUUGGCACGGAGCAAAAGGAAUAGUCAAGUGUACAACACCUUAACGGAAGAAUCAGCAAUCUCUACGGAACAAAAGUGCCCUAGAGAUUGAUUAUAAAGGAAAGUGUAUGAGAGAGAAAUUCUUUCAGCUUCUGUAAACACUUCCAGUAGCCUGGGCAGUUUAGUGUAGUUUAUGUUGCUUAUUAAUGAUUAAAAUACUAAUCCUGGUGGCUGUGGCGCACCCUAUACCCUACCAUGUGUUCUGUGGCGGACCCCAUACCCACCAUGUCAUCUGUGGCGACUACAGACACAGAAAGUCUGUGUCAAGAGAGUCACACAGGGCAGGACUUCAAAUUGAGCUCGCGUAAAAAAUCCUUUAAACUUGUCAAUUUCAUGUUGAACUUUCAUCCUUAAUCCAGCAGUAUAUCCCGCUCUCUGUAUCUCUUUCUCGGGCUCUUUCCCCUCUCUCUCUCUCUGACAUAUGUUUCAGUGCAUUUAAUAUAUUGAUAAUCUAAUUGACAUUCACAAUUAUGUAUUACAUAGACUUCUCCAAUUAGGCUUAUGAACAUGUAUAUAAUAUAAUGGAUAAAAAAAUAGAAUUCUUUAAACUGUAAUUUUAAUUACACUAGUUAAAUAUUUCUGGCAAAUUCAGGUUAGACCGGUUGUCCCCUCAGAGUAGUUAUACAUUUUGAGCAAUAAAUAAUUAACCUUUAUGAGUAAAUAAACCCAAAAAUAAAAUGUGUUACUUUGA